AUGCAUAAGCCGUUGUUUAUGGCUUCAAAAGAGGGACAUAAGAACCACGCCAUGCUCGACAACAGGCAGGUAAAGUGGAGGGAUCCCUGCUGGAUUAAACUUGCACAGCAUUACUGUAAUCCGGAGUACUGUUAUAAUAGGGAGGCCAUGGAAAAGGCAAAGUUGGUUGGAGAAACGAGAGAGACUAUGAUUGAGCCAAAUUAUCCGACAUUGCCUAAUAUGGCUGCUUGGGAUAAGGACCUUGAGACGUUGAAGAAGGAGACCGUGUUGUUAGCCAAUAAGCAAUUAUUUGUAGAUGCCAUAAAUAAAGCUGAUCCAAUGGAUCUUACUAUGGCUUAUGCGGUGCGCGCAUCCUGUAAGGAUGAGAGCGAAUAUAAAGCGACUUUGGCGUAG